AUGGAGCCCGGCCCGGCGCAUAGGCGACGUCGACCUGCCGUUGCAUGCAGCGAGUGUCGCAGGCGGAAAAUUCGAUGCGACCGUGGUUUCCCGUGCGGACCGUGCCGCAAGUCCCUGCCAGCUCUUUCAUGCAUCUAUCACAGCCAACCUAGAGCGUACGCGGCCUCUGCACCGCCUCGGCCGCACACCGCACAGCAUCAGCCGAGACCCAAGGUCAACAACACUCAUAGUGUUGAUCUGACCAAGUUCAAUUUGCCGAGUUUUGAGUCGGACGCAUUUCACGGCCUUGAUCAAUUCGGCAUCGACUGGCAGCCCAGCUGGGAACACCAGAUCACGCCUCCCACGGGACAUUUGGCAGAUGCGGGGGCUGACUACUUCCAGAGCCCAACCUUUUCCGUCAUCGAUGACCAUGAAAAAAAGGAAAGCACCAACCAUUCUAGGGCGCGGCAGGGGUACCCUGGCUCAACGGAAACAAUAAACCCCGGCUCGGUUUCCCAUUCCGCGGGUGUCAACCCAGAUUCUGGCGAUGAUCGCUGGUAUCAAAUAUUGGCUCGAAUAGGAAAAGUCGAAUAUCUUAUCCGCGACAUUACCCGGCAUCAAAGUUCAGACGAGGCUCAACUGGUGCCGAUACUGCGCGACCUAUACGAAGCAGAGCCUGAUGAAUGUCUCAGACUACCGCCGCUAUCGGGCAUUGUUCUGAAGCUGGAAAAUCAAGCCCGGCUGCAAAAACAACAAGAUGAUAAACAAAGCCUAGCUCGUCUAUCACCACUGCUAGAUGCUUCAUCCAAGAUUCAUCAACUUUUGCCGCCCCGCCAGGCGUGCAAGAAGCUAGUCAGCGCCUACUUUGAGACAUUCGGCUCCGUCCUGUGCAUACUAGACACGGCCGUGUUUACCAGCGAGUUUGAGCGCUUUUGGGAAGCAAUUGACGCGUCAAGAGUACCCAGCACAGACCAUGAAGAAGCUUUUGCCCACAAAUUACUCGUCGUCAUCGCGCUCGGCUCGGUUACAUGCCCGAGUAGUCCUGGAGCGGCAAGCUCAGAGGCCGAACGAGCGCGACAAACGAGUCGGCGAAACCAUGCCAUCAUGUGCGUGCAACACACUAGACAGUGGCUGGCUCAGAAAACGGCAAGAGGUAUUCGUGCUGACUUGGAUGUUGCCCAAAUAUUGUGUUUACUGGCGCUUGCGCGCCAGACACAGCUGCACACUGACCCCUGGCCACGACGACCAAGUAUGGAUGGAACAGUAAUUCUCACGGGAGACCAUGACCUUGCCCGCCUGGGCAUGCAGAUGGGCCUGCAUCGAGAGCCACGGACAGGGUCCAUGGCGAAGCCGGCCAAGGAAGCCGAGACAGAACUCCGCAGACGACUAUGGGCAACUAUGCUCGAGCUCUCGCUACACCAGUAUCUCGACGCAGAGCUUCCCCCGCCUCUUGGCGCCGAUAGCUAUGACUGCGCCACGCCUUCUUCUAACGGGGUUGAAGAGGAGCCCAGGUCAUAUUUUGUGCCAGAUUCCCUGCGCGUGCCAGCAUCGACUGUAUUAGCUGCGCUAUCGCGUACGCAGCGCCUUCGUCUCCGAGUACUCGAGCACCUCCAUGCUUCUGGAGCAAGCAAGGAUAUCCAGGAGAGCCAGCGCCUGGCGAUUGAGUUGAGUCAAGCCUUCAAUUCCGAGGUGAAUAGUCUUUUGUCCCCGGCAUCGACACAGCCUACUAGUUUCCAACUGUGGCUGCUCAACGUCUUUGUACGCCCAUUUAUACUCGCACUUGGCGUGCCACUGAGCGGCGAAUCGAGAAACAGAUUUGCCGACUACUAUCUCCGCCGGCUAAGACUAGAGAAUGCAGUUGCAAUGCUGCGUCCUGGUCCGCACGAAGACGGACCGAGGUCAAUACAGUCUCAAAUUUCCUCCCAUGCUGGUCAGACAGGAUCCAGAACCAAGACAGCAGCGACGGCUUACCCAUUCCUUCCAACACCUGGUACUGCCGAGCCAUGCAAUACAAGCAGCGAACAGCAUUUCGGCACUCACAAAGCCGCAUGCACCUCACUCUACAUCGGUGGACCUAGCUACUACGCCGUGGUGCAUCGGCAAGUUGUCGCGUCGCUCUGCGCCGAUGUCGUUGCCGAAAUCGAAGACGACAUGUUUCCAAAUCUCGACGCCGCCAUGCUGCACCGGAUCGUCGCCAUUCUAGAAGACGCGGUCAACGAAUAUCGAGACCAAGUGCACGCGUCCGCGGGUGCUCACGCAUGCCACGAGUUUAUCCUAUUCGCAGCCGCUCACAGCCUCGCUCUCGCCUCGCUCAAUCGAUCCAGUGCGCGCGAGGUCAAGGAAUCAGUCAUGUCAUCUGUGUGGAUGGCUCUGCACCAUUGUUGCCAGGCCAUGGGCGAGCCCGCAGAAGCCAUGUUGGAAACGGAAUGGGGAACUGAGGCGGUGCAGCAGACUGCGACCGAGUCCCAGUCCGUCAAUAGAAGUGUGUCAGACGCCGACAAAGGCUAUGAAAUUGACGCACAGUUGCAGGGCGUCAAGUACAUGUUGCAGCAGCAGAGCGAUGCUGCGUCUACGGCUGAUGGCGAAAUCGCCGACAUGUGGGCUUUUGACGACGACGAAUCGUACCUUUCCGUAGGCCUGCCGCUGUGA